GCAAAACAUAACAACCCAUUUUGUGGUAAAGGCUGUGAAGUUUUUAAUCUUAAAGUACAUAAAUAAUAUAUAUUAAAAGAUCAACAUGUGCAACGCUCUAUGGGAAUGUAUCAAGUGUCCCGGCAAAGUGGUUUGCUGUUGCUGUGAAUGCGCUUGUAAAAUGUUGAUGAGCAUUAUAUGUUCGGGAAUCAUUCUGUUGGUCGUCAUUGGAUUGAUUGUUUAUUUCGCGGUAUAUUAUAACAAGGAUAGCAGCACUCCCGAACAAACUGCCAAAUCCAUCGAGCCCCUUAAACAAAGCUUCCGGCAUUACUUCAAGAGUUUAAAUGAAUAUUAAAUUUCAGUUUUAUCUAUAAAUAAUAAACCAACUAUUUCCAAAUACACCAUUUUAUACUGGACACGUCUUUUAUCUUUAUCGCAAGCACUGUUAACCACCUAAGUUCCGUAAAAGGGGUUUUUUGUUAUCUGGUACACUAUUGAUAAUACUAACCUCAGUACAUUUAUCUACAAAUAUUGGCCAUUUAGGAUUUUCCCUUGUCUGUAUGAAUCGAUUACUUAAAAUAUAGAAAUAAGUAACUCGCCUUGACUCAUUUCAAUAGACAUUGACAAGUUGUCAUAAUAAUAUUUAACAAAUA